ACGCUUUGUUUCUACAAAUAAACUUUAAAUCAUUGUGAAAAAGUUAAUAAAAAGUGUGUUAUAUGUGUAAUCAAACAUGAGUGAGUGGUACAGGAUGAAGAAUGGAUUCAAUAACAAACACAAUUCCUCGGAAUUGUCAGUCGAAACUUCUUGUGAUAUAUCAGACACUUUUCAAUUAUUCUCCGAUAAUCUGAGCCCGAUUCUGGCUUCUAUUGUGCCAAGGAAGUUAGACUUUACCAGUUUUAAUGAAGAUGAUGGCAUAAGGGAUGCUUCACCGGCACCAGCAUCACUGAGCCCUCCAUACAAACGAGUUAGAGCCCUCAGGUUAUUCGACAGUCCGCACACGCCGAAAACACUUUUAGAGAAAUGUUCUACACCGACGCAUCAUCCGCCCAGGUCAAGACUAUUCCCGCCCAAACUGAACGCGCCGACGGGCAUGCCGUCAGGAUCGAGUCAUCACCUCCAUCCGCCGUCCGGUGAUGAGGACAGCGCGCUCGGCAGCCUGCCGCCGGAUGAAAUGGAUGAGUCGCGGCUCGCGCCCCAAAGGCCGGUCGCGAACAUCAACCCCUUCACGCCGGAUGGACAAGCGCUUAACAAAAAGAAGCGGGCACUGUCCAAAACACCAACGUGGGACGCCACGCCUGAGCAGCCGGCCAAAAGGCUUAGGGAAUCGAACAUAUCGCGCUACAACGUGGAGUUCGUGGAGCAGGGCGUGGUGGGGCGCGGGCAGUUCGGGCGCGUGGCCAAGUGCGUCAACAAGCUGGACGGCUGCGUGUACGCGCUCAAGAGGUCCCUGCGGCCCGUCGCCGGCUCCACGGCCGAGCACGCCGCGCUCAGGGAGGUGUACGCACACGCCGCGCUCGGGAAGCACCCGCACGUCGUACGAUAUUACUCCGCGUGGGCGGAAGAUGACCACAUGAUAAUACAGAAUGAGUACUGCGACGGGGGCUCAUUACAGCAGAAGAUGGAAUCCGGCCCGUUGUCUGAGAGCGAGCUGCUGUUGUUACUCGCUCACAUAUCUGAUGGAUUGGCGUACAUCCACUCGCAGCGAUUGGUACACAUGGACGUGAAGCCUGGAAACAUCUUCGUGUGCACCAGCGAGGCGGAGCGGCCCGCGGACUCCGACGACGGCUACGACGACGACGACCCACCCCGCCCGCACCACACGUACAAGAUCGGUGACCUAGGUCACGUGACGUUCGUAUCGGCCCCGUCCGUGGAGGAAGGCGACUGCCGAUACCUGCCCAAGGAAGUACUCCACGAGGACUUCACACACCUCACCAAGGCAGACAUCUUCGCGUUUGGAUUAACACUAUUCGAAGCCGGUGGCGGUGGUCAGCUGCCGAAGAAUGGUCAGCAGUGGCACGACUACCGCGACGGCAAAUUACCAGAACUGCCCAAUUUGUCCAGAGAAUUCAAUCAACUCCUCAGGGAAAUGGUAGAUCCCGACCCGGCGUUGCGUCCGUCAGCUGCGCGGCUCCGCAAGCACCCACUCCUCAAGAACAAGACAAAGUCGCAACUGAGGCGGGAGCUCGCAGCCGCCAAAAUGAAGAAUGAAGUGCUCGCCAAACAACUGCAGGACGCCGCCAGUUGUAUAAAGUCAUUAACGCCCAACUACGUAGCGAAUCAAGAGUCGGCGAAGUUCAGAACACGUUCAGCGAAGCGGCUGCAGAAGCCGCGGACGGAUGUUCAGCUCACGGAGAGUGUACAGGUGGUCUCCUCCACCAGGAGGAUUGAAAGGAAAUCCAGACAGACGAGUGUUAGAGAUCGUAGAAUGAUGAAUCUCUGAAGACAUUUAAUAUGAAAUAUUACAACUAUCGGAAAAUAAAAAACCUCGCGUGCUGAAGAGUCAUUUGUUAAAUAUAUUUAGGACACCAUGUAUAAACAGCGCACAAACAUUUGGACGUACAAACAACAUAUACACAAAAAGGUUUGACUAUUUCACUUUGCAUUGUUGUAUCUAAAUAAGCUUGCAUAUGCAUAGCGUAGUACUAUCUAAUCCAU